ACAGUGAAUGCAGAACAGAACAGGCUGAUGCUGCACGGUGGAAAGCACCCUUGCGAGGGCUACGUGAGGCUCUACAUAAAGGGCCAGUGGGGGUCGGUGGGGAGCGACGGCUGGACCAAAACCAACGAAGACGUGGUGUGCAAGAGCAUCGGCUGCGGUACCUCCCUGCGCUCCGCCGACAUUCCGCUAACGGUGAAAGCCAUGGGUAAGGUUUGGCUGAACAAGAUCAAAUGCAACGGGACGGAAGCGCACCUGUGGGAUUGUCCCGGGACACCUGGCUUGGGCGUCGGCGAGUACGAUGGCGACAUGGUGAAGAGGAUCACAUGCUCAGAAGAGGUCGAACUCGGGCUGAAGGGUUAUAGAUGCGCUGGGGCAGUCUACUACUACUACAAGAAGAAUGAAAACAAAGAAACCUAUUUUUGUGACAACUGGGACCGAGGGGACCACUUUACCGACAAACUGUGCCAGAAACUCAAUUGCAGCGGGAUGAAAAAGAAUGCCGACGUGCGGAUCUUCACCAAGCCCGUCCUUCCGCCCGAAUACCGGCAGGUCAGCACGAAGUGCACUGGCACAAAGGAGGAGACCCACGCCUGGCAGUGCAACCCUAAGGAGGAGAGAUGCAACCGUCCCGCAAUCGUCGUCUGCCAAGGCAUGCAUAUAGCCUACUGCUCAUUCUCGUUCAUUGAGUUGUUCUUCCCAGAUCAUCACGUGUUUCGGAUCAAGGGCGGGAAGGACCGCUGCAGCGGGACCAUGGUCUGGCGGAACGGGACGCUGGUGAAUUGCAACAUGGUGGUGAACAACUCGACCUGCGAGGAGAUGCGCUGCGGAGACUUCAACAGCAGCACGUGCGACAAGAAACGCCACAUGCUCACCUGCUCGGACAAGAUUAAAAUUGUCCUGGCGAACGUGACUUUCGGCAAGAUCCUAGUGGACGGCCCUAUGGGGAAGAUGCCCGUCUGCGCCUCCGAAUGGAAGCACGUGAACAGCAAGGUGGUCUGCAAGGAGCUGGGCUUUGGAGAGGUAAUUGACACUUCGUUUACGAUUGGGAGAACCGAGGCGAUACUGGAUAAAGUGACAUGCUCUGGGGAUGAGGAGUCGCUGUGGGACUGCACGGCCGAGUACUCCAAGGGCAAACCCCAACCGUGUAAUAAUGUCACCUCGGUCAUCUGUGGAGCUAGCCUCGAGGGGAGGCUUGCGGACGGGCCGGGGAGGUGUGCGGGGCGGUUGGAGAUGAAGCUGGGGGGUGACUGGUUCCGGGUGGCGCAACAGUGGAGCGAGGACAACUCUCACGUGGUCUGCAAGGAGCUGCGCUGUGGAAAGGCCCUCCUCGGCAAGACUCUGGACAAGAUCUCCCAGGGAUCCCUGCCCUAUUUGGAUAAGUUGUUUGCGUGUGGAAAAACAUCCGAUAAACUGUCCACUUGUCCGGCGGUGGCCUCUGAAAGCAAACAACAGAAUCCACAACUGACGAUGCUGGUUUGCGAAGACCACCUGGAGGUGUUUUUGAACGGCAGCAGUUGGUGCGAGGGCCUGGUUGGGGUCCGGCAACAUGACAACUCCUUCUGGCUGUCGGGGUCCAAUGCCACUUGGACCCAAGCGGCCGCCGAUCUAGUGUGCCAACAGAUGCAUUGUGGGAGCGCCAAAGACCACGACUCGCGGGAUUCCUCCGAGAUUCCGGGCACGAACCUUUGGCCAAGGGAGUACAAGUGUUCUUCCAAGGAGAAGUCUCUCUUCGAUUGCCCCUCGUCCAAACAAACUGACAAUUCCACCAUCGCCUUUGUGAGAUGUGCAGGCCAAAUCACUCUGCGGCUGAAGAGCCACUGCUCAGGUGAUGUGGAGGUGUGUGUCAACAACACCUGUGGAGGUGUGUGUUUGGACUCGUGGUCCGACGCCAAGUCCAAGGAGCUGUGCGAGAGCGUGGACGGCUGCGGGCACUACAUCAGCGACCUGGUUGGCCCAGGGGAGUCCAGGCAAAGCAUUCCCCCUAUCGUGAAGAGCCUGCACUUCCACCCAGUGUUCGGGAAGAGCCUGGUGAUGAACGAGGGCCGCGUCUGCACGGGCAGUGCCGCCGUGGUCACCUGCUCAGGCAGCCUGAAGGCCGAAAUGGCCCCGUCCAGGGACUACUGCUCUGGGAUCGUGAAGCUGUACUCCAACAGCAAGCCGUAUUCCAUCUGCAAUGACUCUCUGACCACGAUGGUUCAGGGAUCCAUUUGCAAUGAGCUGGACUGCGGGGAAAGCGAGUCACUGGAGUCCCUGCCGUGGUCGCCCGACCGCGGCAGGAAUGCGUUAUCCGUGGUCGCGUUCGACUGUCCCGCGGCCAACAAGUCCAUGGCGAACUGUAUACCCUCUUUAAAGAAGAUGGACUGCUCCGAGGGAAGACUCAGGUGUUCUGGCUGGAGGCGAUUGGUCCUGAAGGGCGAAGCAGGGGCCUGCGAGGGAUUGGUGUUUAAGUACUCUCAGGACCCUCCGGUGGCGGUCUCCAGCCAGGGUUGGACGGAGGCUGAGGGCGAGCGUCUCUGCAGGGACCUGGGCUGCGCAGGGUACAAGAACCACACGGAUUACCCCUGCGAUCAGCCCCUGUGGGGGAUCUUCAACUGCUCCGGCGUGGACACGCCCAAGAACAUCUGGGACUGCCUCCGGAGCGAGUCGCCGGCUGGGAGCGAAACACUUAAGCGGCUGUACCUCACCUGCAAAGGCCACCGUAAUGCCACGCUGUCCAAGCACUGCAGGGGCGAUGUGUCGCUCAACAAGAUGCCCGUCGCCACCCAUGGCUGGACGAAGGCAAACGCCAACCGCGUCUGUAAGGAGAACCACGACUGUGGCGAUGCCUUCGAAGGACAGGAGUCCAGCGGAGGAAAGGCGGCGGACCGCGCCCUACAGGUCAGCUGCCUGGGCCCCGAGGAUCGGCUGGGCCAUUGCAUGACCUCCGAGGUGGCGCCCGGCGGCCAGACGGUGUCGGUCUUCUGCAGAAAAGCCUUUAAAUUCAACACCACGGAGAAGUGCGGAGGCCGGGUAAAAGUGCAGUAUCCAGAGGGGGAAUGGCAGACGAUGUGUCUCCAUGGGACGUUAUACGACAAAGGGAAGCAAAACCUGUGUGACCUGCUGAAUUGUGGCAAGCCAAUCAGCAUCCCCCCAGAGUCACCUCUGAUCCCAGCACAGGAAGAGAAGCAGGGUGAUCUUAAAAUGAGCUUGAAUUGUACUCAAGAACACGUCGCAAUCAGUUACUGCGUGCGCAAUGAUUCCUGCAACGGGUUCAAAGCGGCGGAGAUCUACUGUAAAGGUUACGUGGCCCAGCUCCCCCCCGAGGAGACCGACCUGCAACUCCCGGUAGGCGUUGCCGCGGGAACGGUGGCUCUGCUGCUGACCGUGGGGGUCUUCUUCCUGCUGAGGCGUCACAUCCUCAGGACGGGUAUCCCCAAGCGCCGGGACAUGGAGGUUGAAACCAGCGACUAUGACGAUGUUGGCAGCAGUGUCAACGGGAAGGGCAGCUUAAGCCGCAUGGACUCCAGGUCGCUCCCUGCUGAAGUCCAAUGGAACGACUCGGACGAGGCCUCGCAGUCAUACGAUGACAUUGCUGAGGAGGGCCCCGGCGAGACAUUGUCCCUGAUGAAGGGGGAGGCCCCCGAAGAGGAGACCCCGGAGGUGACGUCGUACAGUGACGUCGUUCCCAGCUCAAAAGCAGCAGACAGCGGUAGCCACGGGGUUGACAUCCUGGAGGAUAACGACGACGUGUUGGAGCCUGGACCCAAGAUCGCGGGGACGGCCGCGGAGGCUGACAGCGGGCUGAGAACCCCGCACAGAGAGCUUCCAGAGGUGCCCCCGGACGACAUGGAGGGAGACCAUGAAUAUCUGGAGCAGGAUCCGCUGGGGUGAGACACGCCCACUCCAUUGUAGAGUGAGAGAGAAACGAGGUUGUCUUUCUUGGUUGGAGGAGAAAUGUAUGUUUAAUUGAAACUUCAAAAUUAUGCUGGGGAAACUCAAGGCUCAUCUUGCUUGAAGCUAAAGCUUCACUCUUCGGUAAGUUAGUAAUAAUGUGAAUAUUUAACCCGUUUUUAAAUGUUUUUACUGAUACGCUGUAAUAGGAACUUUACUAAAUAAGUAAUAAAGAAUAAGUAGGAUAAGUUUCCUUUCUCUGUUGAAAUGAGUUACAAUGAGUGGCCUGCCACUGUCCUCAAACUUUCAAACUUGUAUGCCGUCAAAUCGCUUAAAAUACAUAUAGAAAUAUUUUAGCUUUUAACCAAAUAUGUUUACGCAUGCUUAGCCUUUUUUGCUUUCAAAUGCAGCUAUUAAGCCUUGUAUAACUGUAAAGCAGUGAAAAAAAUGUGUGUUUAGAAACUCAUCAAAAUGACUUUACUCAAAACAAUACUCCUGUUCAAUAUGGCAUGGAUUAAAAGGAUUAAAAUGGAUUCUGUGAUUUCGGUCAUUUGAAGAUUAUCAUUGACCGUCAAUUAGCCACAUACAUUUUAUUCAUUAAAAAAAAGAAUGCA